GUAGAAAGYUUGUCCUCAAAACCUUCGAACGAGAAUGAAUCGUACGGUAUCGUACCGGCAAUGGUAUCGAGUGGUAUGUUGCGAUUGUGAUAUGGAUUUCGGGUUUUUCGUUGAUGUUAUUUUUGCUUUUACGCCUCCUUGUUCAUUUUUAUUUCUAGUAGACAAACAUUUGUUAUGCUGUUUUACUUCUCGACCGUACCGAUUCCCUUAGCGAUUCCUUUGCACGGAUGUGCCUCGUKGAGUACACGGUCAUCCAUUUGUUGUUUUUGUCACCACUGCCGCUCCUCUUCUUCUUGUGAGCGUUGGUGUUUGGUUUGCGUUUGCACUUCCUGCUGCUUGUGCCUCCRCYCCGACCAACACGAGCGGCCUGGACCACAAAAUCUUCGGGAUCGUCGUGGCAGAARUACAAAUYUGAAUGCGAACGCAAAGGCAAACGCGAGCGGAAAAUGUCGCAAUCGCAAUCGUAUUCGUCGUCGUAUGAUUCGUCGCGCGAUUCUCUUUCGAUUUCGUCUCGAUUCCCGCUGCCGACAGCUUCUAUGGAASUUUUGCCAUGCGUGYUUGCUCUUGUUUGGGGCAUGGUAAUGAUACAGCUGGAUACUCGUUGCGACGUGCGUAUCAAUUAUUCUUGUGGUUUCUUUUUAUGGUCCGGAGAGAAUUAAUAAUUGUGAGCCGAAGCAGACAUGAUGAUUUUUACCUACGACCCAGUACAUUCGUACGUUCUCGGACUAGUAGAACAAWACUGUUGGAUUCUGGUCGUGGCUGAGAGGUGGCAUGUUUGGAAUUUGGAACAUGUGCAUCCACAUGAUGUCGUACCGGUACGAACGACUAAAAAAGUGCUCGCGCCUUCACUCCUCGUGUACCUGGUACGAGGUUGUGGUGUCAAAUAUCGCGUGACAGCCUUUUUCUGGUAUUAUUUCUACACAGGCCUACGUGAAGAACAGUGCGAUAUAUUACACCCUGGAGCCCAAGCUGUCACUUAGUUCCACCUGGAACCAAAAAGGAACUAUUUUAUAUCGAAUUUUUUUGCUCACUUUUUGAGAAAUCGAAUCGGUGAAACGAAAUCGAUUUCCGGAGACUAGUUAUUAACAUGGAAUAGAAUCGAAAUCGGAAUCGAUUCCAAUAACAGAUUUCUCUUAACAUAAAAUAACUAAAUCGCU